AGGACAAUUUCUAGCUUAGAAGAGGAAAACCGCUCAUUAAGAGCCGCUCUUGAGGUGGAUCGUAUAAUAAACACCACCGGUUCACUGAAUGAGUUACAGCCCGAACUCGAGGAAAAGUGUAUCCAACAAAUAAACCCUGAAUAUCCACAACAGGAAUUAGAAGAAGUGAAGAAACUUUAUGGAGAAAGCCCUCGAGUGAGUCCCUUAAUUAAAACAGAAUAUGCUUACAAAAGUUUUGAUGAUCUGGACCCCCACAUUGUCACAAAAGAGACACCAUAUUCUGCCACUGAGCUGGCUGAAUUAAAGAAAAAUUAUGGGCGCCUUCCUAGAGAAUCUGAAACUGAGUAUGUGUGGCGCGUACCUCUAACUGGGGGUGACCAAAUUCAAUUAAAUGAAAAAGAGGCUAGUGAUUAUUGGGGUCACGGAAUUUUCUUAACAACAGGUGAUAAUCGUACCCCAUGGUCCUUGACUCAGUGUGCUGCUUAUUGGGCUGGAGGGUUGAACCCUUUGGAUAGAGGGGAUCCCCUGGCAAUCACUGGCACAGCUGAUCAAUUGCUAGAAAGUGUACACAAAGCUGCCUGCUUGCAAAUGAUACAUGAGAGGAAAUUAAUUCCCAGAUGUGAAUCUCCAAUGAUGCUGCUGGUGAAUCCUGAAAUUAUGACCUCCUUGAUAAGGGGACUCCCCGAGUCAUUUAAACCUACAGGGAUUAGUCUUCAAAGAAUCAUUGCAUCAAUGAGCUCCGUAGAAAGGCUGGAAGGUUUCAUGAAUAGUCACAGAAGUGAAGCUGGUAAUACCGUGGAUAAACCAAAGGUGUGGACCUGGGGAGAAGUAGCACAAGAAUUGAUAGAUUACAGCAGAAAAUAUUGCCUUGUGAAAACUCCAGAGGAAAAGUCAAGGGGAAUCCAACAAGUAGGAGUUAAGAAUCUGCCCUCUUGGCAGCGCUUGCUGGAAUGGUCGCAUGUGAAGCAUAAACAUACGGGAGCUAAAGAUCUGUAUCGGGAAGUUUUUGCCUGUGGCUGGGGGGGUUCUGCAUUUAAGGGAGGGUAA